AUGUCUAACUCCACUCUUAGCCCAAGAUUCCCAAUCCAUGCCCCUCCGCACAUUCUACAACUCCUAGCGCGCCUCCACACCCUCUCCUUAGCCCAAGAAGGCGAAAUCGAACAAGCAAAAGAUGGCCUGAUUGAGCUGCACAAAAAGGACCCCAUCGAAGGCGGAAAAGCCCUGAAAGAGCUCAUGUCAAACAAAUUCGUUGCACUUGAAAAAGAAAAAUGCGAGUUCGUCUACCAGCUCAUCUUGGCCACCGGUGCAAAGAAUGUUGUUGAGGCGGGCACCAGCUACGGGGUUAGUACGAUUUACCUCGCUCUGGCAGUUGGAGAGAAUUCUCCAGAUGGAAGGGUUAUUGCUACUGAGCAUGAGCCUGAGAAGGUCCGCAGGGCAAAAGAGUAUUGGGCUGAGGCUGGCGAGGUUGUCACGAAGUACGUCGAUAUCAGACAGGGGGAUCUACUCUGGACAUUGCAGCAGGACGUGCCCACAAUUGAUCUUUUACUUCUAGACAUCUGGACCCCACUCGCCCUGCCGACGUUGAAAUUGCUGCAGCCUCAUAUGAGACGGGGCACGGUUAUUGUCACCGACAACACAGUGUCGGCUUCGGCAUUGUAUGGAGAGUUUCUUCAGUAUUUGAAUGACCCCGAUAGUCCUUUCAGAUCUUUGACUGUGCCGUACUCUGGCGGACUCGAACUUUCUGUAUACUUGCCGUGA